AAAAGACAGAAAGUGUAGACGUCAGAGGUUUGGCCGUAGGGUUGGCUUCCCCUUCGGUUGUGGUUUUGGUGAGUUUGUUGUUUUGGACUGUGGCUUCAGGAUUACAGAGCAGCUGGUGGAUGAGAACAUGUCCAAUCUAACUUCAGCAUCAGGUGAAGCUGCUAGCGUCUCAUCUGGCAACAGAAAUGAAAUUGGCACCAACUUUUCUCAGCAGUUUUUUACCACACCACCGCAAGCUCAACCCGCUCUCAAAAAGAAGAGAAAUUUACCAGGCAAUCCAGACCCAGAUGCAGAAGUGAUAGCCUUGUCCCCCAAGACACUCAUGGCAACAAACAGGUUCAUCUGUGAGAUCUGCAACAAAGGGUUUCAGAGAGACCAGAAUCUGCAGCUUCACAGAAGAGGGCACAACCUACCAUGGAAGCUCAAGCAAAGAACAAGCAAGGAGGUGAGGAAGAAGGUUUAUGUGUGCCCAGAAGCCAGCUGUGUCCACCAUGACCCUUCAAGGGCUCUUGGGGACCUGACUGGGAUCAAGAAGCACUUUUGCAGAAAGCACGGUGAGAAGAAGUGGAAAUGUGACAAGUGCUCAAAGAGGUAUGCGGUUCAAUCGGAUUGGAAAGCUCAUUCCAAAACCUGUGGCACUAGGGAGUACAGAUGUGACUGUGGAACCCUAUUCUCGAGGAGGGAUAGUUUCAUCACUCACAGAGCCUUCUGUGAUGCUUUAGCAGAAGAGAGUGCAAGAGCCAUCACCUCAGCGAACAACCCACAUCAUCUUCUCUUCUCUCAGCAACAACAACAGAUGAAUCUUAACCAAGUGCAAUUAGGGCACCAAUUUAAUCAAGACAUCCACGGAUUUUCACUGAAAAAAGAGCAGCAGAGUUUUACAACCCUAAGGCCAGAUUUACCACCUUGGUUGGGCCCACCAAACUGUACCAUUGACCUCUCCUCAUCCUCCUCACUCUUCUCCCCAACCCACCACCAGGAUUUAUCCCUCGAUGAUUACAAUGGCACAUCACAAAACCCUAACCCUUGCCCUAGCAGCUUGGGCCCCACACUCCCACCCUUCCACCCUGCACCUUCCCCUCACAUGUCAGCCACUGCAUUGCUACAGAAGGCAGCUCAGAUGGGUGCAACCAUGAGCGGCAAGCAUAGUACUACUACAGCAGCAGCAGCAGCUGCUGCAGCCUCUGCAUCACCACAGCCCAUGGUGAGGGUCCACCAGCACAGCCAGGGUCACAUGUCUGAGUUCAGUGGUCACGUGUCUGCUUUUGCAGCAGCAGGGGCCAAUGCUACUAAUAUCACAACUGGUCCUGCAGUCUCAGGUGUUCAUCAUCACCAUGAAAACCAACAUCAUCAAGCGUCUCUGCUCCAUGAUAUGAUGAACUCUCUGUCUUCCGGAACUGGGUUCGAAGGGGCUGCUUUUGAGCUGGAGGCUUUCGGCUCCCUCCCUAAUAUUUUGAACAAUGCAAAAAAAGGCUCGAACAAUUCGACCCAUUUCAACAAAAGUGGUAACGACGACGGCGGUGCAAACGGUGAAGGUUUGACCCGAGAUUUCUUGGGACUGAGAGCACUGUCUCACAGUGACAUUCUGAACAUUGCUGGUAUUGGAAACUGUGUAAGCAGUGCUAACGCUGCUGCUGCUGCUGCUGCUGUUGCUAAUACUGCUUCCCGUGACCACCAAAAACCUUGGCAAGGUUAAGCUAGCUAGCUAUCGGCUGAGCUAAGCUCUUACAUACGGAUCAUGACCAGACAUCUAUUUUUGUUUUUUUACUUAAAUAUAAUUUUGGGUUGUUAAUUAUAUAGUCAAUUUUCUCUUUUGUUAAUUACUCUCAAGACUCGAUCUUCUUCCCAAAGGGAAUUAAAGGCCUCGUGAUCAAACUUGACGAAAUGCCAACAUUUUGAUGGCUCAUGUGGCUUUUUUUACGAACUACGUAACUAUUGCCUUUGCUUCAGUUUUUUUUUUUUUUUAAUUGUAAUUCAUCAUAUUAUGUGCUUCUGCAUGAUAGGGUUUAGGUUUUGUCAAAACAAUAAUAUAAUGUUUCAUAUUAAACUA